UUCCAGUAUCUCCCUCCUCAUCUUCUCAAUCUCAAACUCAAACCACCACUCUCUCUCUCUCUCUCUCUCUCGAACAAUGUCCUGAUCAGAUCGCUUUCACGUAGUAGAAUUCUCACUGCUUUCACUUCGCAUACGAUCAUGGAAACAGCCUCUGUAGUCAGCUACUUCAAAGCAACUCCUCUUGGUUUUACUCUCUCAACCACUAACAGACUUUCUCUCAGACAUUUUCACAAACACUUGCAGAGCAAAGUAUCACUCAACAAUAAUCUCACUUCCAUUCGAACCCCUUUGAACUUGAAGUGCUCUUACUCACAUCCAUUGUCAUCAUCAGUGACUCCAAGGAAAACCCAUUAUCCUCAACCAAUCAAUUGCUCAUAUUCAAACACAACAAGCUCAGAGCCCAAAAAACCAUUCUUGAAAAAUCUCAAAAGCCUCUCGUUCGAUUCAUUGAAAGCUAGUCUUUCUCGGUUAACCCCUAUUGAGGUCUGUAAAUGGUCUUUGGUCUUGUCUGUAUCAAUUGCGGUGACGAAAUGGACUGUGAAUUUACUGCUAAACCCUUUCUUCUGGAUGUAUUUCAGCUGGGCUUGGCUGUUCUGGCCAUGGUUUGUGGCAUUGGGUGUUGCAAUUUACGGCCUCUAUUGCCUUCGCAAGCAUUUGCACGGUGAAGCCAAUGUAUUUGAGCAAUUGGCAAUUGUUACUUCGGCUUUUACUUGGCUGACUCUUGUUCCACCUGCCCAUUUCAAUGGCUUCCUUGAAGGAUGGCCUUUUGUGUUCUUUUUGGUGUACCACUAUUUCUUCUUCUUCAAUGUGAGUGUUCGAAAGCGAAUGUAUGGCGAUUACUACCCUCGUGAGCAUGAUCCCAAGUGGGAUAUUAGCCUCCCCAAUUGGUAUCGCCUUCUGUUUUGUGCUGGAAUCAUGGUUGGUCAUUGGCUUGCGGCAUUUGAAGGGCCAGAGCUUCACCUUAUCCCCGGUGGGUGGAACAAUUUGUGGGUUUGGGUUUUGAUAUUGUUAACUCUGUUCACACAAUAUCAUUCUACAUUGUAUCUUGCAAAGUAUUCGGAGAAAGUGGUUGUACCGACAGCAGUUGUGCAGUUUGGGCCAUAUAGAUGGGUUCGCCAUCCGAUAUAUGCAUCUACAAUGCUUCUGUUUGUAACUUACUGUGUUGCCCUACGAGCACCUUUGAGCUUACUAUUUGUUGUUGCGGUCUGUUUGAUGUAUUAUGAGCAGAAGGCAAGGUUGGAGGAGGCUUUGAUGGUAGAAACUUUUGGGGUGGCAUACACGGAAUACAUGAACAAAGUUCGGUACAAGUUCAUCCCUUUUGUUUAUUAGUUGGUUUUCAGUGUGGCCAGGUAUAGUGGGAUCAGCUUAUGGUACCAUCCUAUAACAUUUCAGUUUUUGAAUCAUCAAGACAGACCUGAUUAAGAUGAGUUUUUGAUAAAAUAUAAUAUUGAGUGUGUAACCCACCUUUUUCUUCAUUGCAUUUGCUUGCGAAGAUUCUAGCCAUCAUUUCUUGAAAAGGCAAACAUUCAAUGAUUUUUUGUGUAUUCAGUUUGUGGCUUGGAUUGCAUUUGACAGAUUAAAAGAUUUGCU